GCCCAAAGCCACUAACCGAUGCCUCUGAGAUUGAUCAAUUUCCGGCAACAACGGAGAUGUCGACAGAGCCCAUCAGUAGCUAGAUUAGAGAGUAUUGUGCUCAAUCGAAGAGAGCUCCUGCUUGACCAUUUUCAAUAUUCCUUGUUUCAAAAUUCUUCAGAAAUUCCAAUGACAACUAUUUUAAUUAACGAUCGACCUAUGCGUCAUACGCACGAUGGGCGGGCCGACAUGACAAACUUCGAAAUGGAUUUAUUCGACACUCGAAUAGAAGUUCCAACGAGUAAAAACAGCGGUGGUGACGGAAUGCACAGUCCGUAUUACGACGAAGAAUCUUCCAAAAAGAGGUGUUGUAAGUGUGGCAAUUCUCGAAAUCGGAUAAUAAAACCGGCGUGCGUUCCAAUUUCAAUAGUGUCUCUUUUCAUCAUUGCUCUCGUUUUUCUUCCAUUAUUCAACGAAGAAGACCUGGCUUCUCCAAUCAAAUUAACAACAGGAUGCUCUGUCGAUUGCAAAACAUUUUUAGUCGAAUCGAUUCCCAUCGGAUUACCAUUUAAAACUAAUAACCACACCGCUGAAGCGUGGAUCAAUAUAAUUGAUAACUCUAAACAAUAUCUGGACAUUUCUGUAAUGUACUGGAAUCUCAACACUUCUGAUUAUAAAUCCUCUGUAUACGGUAGAAGAGUCUAUGAGGCAAUAAUACGAGCUGGAAAACGUGGAGUCAAAAUUCGAAUUGCUCAAGAUGGAGCAUCAAAUCUCUCGGAUAACAAAGAAUCGGCGUAUCUCGUCCAAGAAGGACUUGCAGAAGUUCGAGAAAUUAACGUAACUCGGCUCAUUGGAUCUGGAAUUAUUCACACAAAAUUUAUACUUUCCGAUAUUGCAACAUUGUAUAUAGGAUCUGCAAAUAUGGAUUGGAAAUCGUUGAGUGAAGUGAAAGAAGUCGGUGUUGUAUUCCAAGAAUGCCCAUGUGUUGCGUCGGAUCUUUACAAGAUCUUUGCUGCUUACUGGAAACUUGGAGAAAAUGACUCUGUGAUUCCUGAAAAAUGGCCAAUUUCCUAUCGGACUCCUUUCAAUUUCUCGAGUAUGGCAAAAUUGACAAUGGACGGAGAGCCUGCCGAGUAUUUCAUAUCGAGCUCUCCUGGACCAUUCAACCCGAAAGGCCGAGAGCAUGAUCUUGCAGCAAUUCAAAAAAUAAUGAAAGAUGCACGAAAAAGCGUGUGCAUUUCUGUCAUGGAUUAUAUUCCAUCAACGCUUUACAUGAAAAAAUCGAACCGAUUUUGGCCAGAAAUCGAUGAUUCUAUUCGAGACGCUGCUUAUCGUGGAGUCAAUGUUCGAAUGCUUAUUUCACAUUGGGAUCACUCUCGCAAAGAAAUGAUACCAUUUUUGAAAAGUCUUCAAACAAUAACCGACGGACUUCCACGAUACAAUCGAACAGAACACGGACAGGUUCAAGUGAGAAUAUUCACAGUUCCUCCGAAUGGGAAAGAAAAAAUUCCAUUUACACGGGUGAAUCAUGCAAAGUAUAUGGUUACGGAGGAUAUUGCUUACAUUGGUACAUCAAACUGGUCAGGAGACUAUUUCAUCAGCACAGCCGGAGUCGCGAUGGUCGUUCGUCAGCCGUCGGCCACAAAACGAUUGCAAAAUGUGUUUGAUCGUGACUGGAAUUCAGAAUACUCCAAGGAUUUAUGA